AUGUGUGUUUUCAAUUUCUAUAUAUUCUUGUUCUCGUUUCUUAUCUCGGACAGCACAACAGCAGUAGUCGUGGGGUCAGCCAAGUACGGAGCAGGCUCUGGUCCUAUUCUGUUCAGUGACGUGAGGUGUGUGGGGAACGAAACCAGCCUGGCGCAGUGUAGACACUGGGGGCUCUACAGACAUGACUGUGGACACUGGGAGGAUGUCGGCGUCAUGUGUAACAUUACCACACCGAUGACAGCCCGGUUACAUGGCGGCACGUCUACGGCAGGACGUCUAGAAAUAUCGGUCAACGGAGAAUGGACGACAGUGUGUGAGGAUGGAUUUGAACAGAGCGAAGUAAAAGUCGCUUUAAGGAUGCUGGGACUCAACAGCACUGGGCAAGCAGCUGUGAAGUAUCCUCUAUUAAACGAUGGCUCACGAUUUCAAUUUGGGUAUAUAAAGUGUCAAGGAAUGGAAACAGAUCUUCAACAAUGCGAUAUAGGACAACUUAACAAAAGCAGCUGCCUGGAUGUCGGUAUCAUUUAUGACUUCAAAAGCUUUAGUCUGCGACUGACAGGACCUCGCCGUACAGACAGUAACAUGGGGCGUGUAGAAGUGGAGAUUGGAAGUAAACAAUUUAGUACAGUGUGUGUAAACAACGAGAAAACCGCCGCAGUCAUCUGCAGACAACUCAAUUUAACCUCAAAUGGUGCAGCACUGGUAGACGGCUGGGUGUUUGGAGCAAACACAAGCCCUUUACUUGAAGCUGGGUUUUUUUGUGAUGGUAACGAAAACAGUCUGUUUGAGUGUGGCUGGAAUAAAAGUAUGGAUUGUUAUUCUGAUGACGUUGGCGUGGUUUGCAGCAAAGAUUACACACUUUAUAUAGUUUCGGAGACCGAAAAGUACCCUUUUAUGGAGGGAACACAUGGAGUUCUAGUGUGUGUAAAACCACGAAAGUACAUUCCGGUACUUGAAUACACAUGGUCAGGCAAAGGUGAUGGUCCUUCUCCAGGAAAUCGCUUGUUCUACGAACAUGUGACAAGAGAGUACAAUGGGCGUGAAGUAUUUUGUGAAGCCUCUAAUCCUGACGGUGCCUCUGGUCCUGCUGAACGCCUACAGAGUGGACUUUUUGUGUUAAACGUUUACUAUAAGCCGUUGAUUACAAUAACAUGGACUAACAACACCGGGGAACAACAGCCCUUGUCAAGUCUUUCUGAGUUAAACCCUGGACACAACGUGACCCUGUGGUGUGAGGCUGACAGCAACCCUCCCCCCGCGUCCAUCACGUGGUCAGGAAGAGUGAGCAGCACGACUGGGGUGUUACGGAUCCUAGCGGCAGACCACGUGACACACAGCGGUGUGUACACCUGUACCGUCGUCACUCAAACCGUUGAUGAUGACGACAGACUUCCGCUGACCUCAUCUUACCACAUCACCCUCGGUGUUAAAGGUUGACAUUUACCCUCAUUGUCCAGAAGCUAGUGCAAAAAUAUUUUCAAAUAAGUUGUAUAAUAGCAUUACAAACACAUUUUCAUCUGUCUACACAAAUAAGUAAGUGUGUAACACUUUGGCCAUGACACAUGUACACAGCAGUUGCCAAUUGCUUUGCGUUUUGUUGCCGUCAGCAGUGCGACUUUCCGUUUUUCAUUAUUUCUCUAUUGAUGUGACCAACGUCAUUUUACCAUCCGCCAGAAGAAAGACCAGUAACAGGUAAGUGUUUAAAAUUACACCUUCAAAGAGACUUUUAAACUGACAUAUUUAAGUUUUUUUAUUCUUUCUUGAUCCUUAUAGUCUCUUAUACUCCUUUUUACAUGAUAUUUUAACUUGUUUGCAGAUAUGAAUGCGUAUGGCAGUAUCUAAUAAAUGUAAUUAUAUCUGACACACAUUACAUUCACAUUUCCUGCAUUGUUAGGCAAUGUUCUGUCUUGCUAGAGAAAAAUUUGUCCAAAUAGGUUAGAACGUGUGUCUUUAUGACUCUGUGUGUGUUUGUUUCUUAGUAAAAAGAUUUGUAAUUAGUAUUUUGUACGUGUUUCAAAGUAGAUUUUCGUACAGGAAUAGAAAUGGGAAAUAUUAUGUAAAAUUGAUAACAGUAUCCUGUUUCAGCACACCAUCUCUUCCAAAUAUCUCACCGACAAGCAGAAAAGCCGAUGGCGUUCAAGUGUGAGCAACAUAAUGUCAGUCUGGUAUGCCAGAGGUUACAGACAUGACAUUUGGCAUCCCACUAUAUGUCCAGAGCAUGCAGGUGGUCAUCCUGAUGGAAAUCUCCUGAAGUUUGACAAUCUGAUCAGACUACACAAAAUUGAAAAAAUUGGCUUUGUAUUGCCAAUAGAAAUUACAUAUUAACAGAUAGCCAGUUACUGAAUGUUCUAUUUCCUACAUUCCGAAAUAAAUUUAAUAAACUAGUCCCUAAGGACAUCUGUUGCAAAGUAUUCCUAUGUACCCAUUUAUUCAGAAAACGAAUAGCAAAUUUUUCUCUUUAAAUAAAAGACCUAGAAUAUUGCUAGCAGCUCCACAAUCCAUUUCAGGUUUUUACAGAAACUCGUCAAAGACUGGUAUUCAUGGAUGACGGUCUGAAAAGAUCAUCUCAUUUUUAUUUCUCGUAUUAAGAAUCUUUAACCACAAUCUGGACAAGCUCAAAGGCCCAAAACAAUGUCUCUCGUUUUGUUUUCUGAAAACAAAGGCAGAUCAUGGUACACUCUUCUUAUAGACACUAGUUGGCAGGGUAGGACGAUCUGCCCUCUCAAGCUCGCGUUAAUGACACGAUCCUCACAAUGUGCUAUUAUUGUCUUCAGGAUGUUCCUGACAUACCUGUCCAAGUCACUCACGCCUUGCCACCCGAAUCUUGUUGAUCGGCAUCAGAGGUUCAGCAGAAGCUCCUAUGCUUAUCAGGACAGUGUUUGGAAUUAAUCGUCUGUCUAGUGUGAACCUUUGUCUAUAAUGAUAGCCUGUAAUUUUUCUCUCGCCCACUAGCCAGUACAGUUGGUCUAGACGAUAAAUGAGAUGAUUUUAUUAUUUUUUUAUUUGUAAUACUAUUAUUAUGAAAGAAAAUGUUUCAUAUUUUACAAUACAAAAAGUCAAGCUGUUAAUGAGAUUCAAACUCAACCUCACAUCACAGAGCAGGCCACCCAUAUUUCAAUACCACAGCACCAUAUCUAAUAAUUCCACAUAAUCUCCUGACAUGUUUUCAUGAUGAUUAGAAUUUACAUACUACAUACAAAAAGACCACUAUCAAAAAAGGGUGUUGCAAAACUUUAAGACAAAGUUACCACAACGUGUAAAACUCUUCUUGUGCCAUAUAAAGAUCAUAUGACUAGUAUUCCUAUAAUGUGGAUAGUGUUUAUUCUUCCGAGAAAAAAACUGUUCUUUCUUGACUUGUAUCUAUAAUCUCACACACACACACACAAAUAGAAAGCCUGACAAGAAAAAAUCAUUUUGUAAAAAGGGGAAGAAACCUCUCACUUUUACAAGGAUUGUUACCUUUCAUUGUUCUCCUUUAACAUGUAAAUUAAUUUGACUUUUUUAACAUUAUGCAGGAAACUGCCAAUACACAACACUGCUACCCUGUUGUUUUACUUUUCAGCGGACUCGGGCAUGGUGAUAACAUCUGUAAAGGUCUCUCCUACGGGUGAUUGUCUCCCCUGCACUAAUACCUCGAAAUGUUGAAGUUAAUCAUAUA